AUGCUCAUCCUUGUAGCACUUCUUGUGUUAGCAAAUCUAUCUGCGGCACAGAUGCAGAUAAUGGCUACACCUGGAAGCAUUAUGACCGGCGAUGGUAUGGCUAGGUAUUAUGCUCAGUCUAUGAACGAAACUAUUCACUAUAUACUUCGCAAGUCGAAUGUAACAGCUCCUACGGAAGUGGAUGAAAUGAUUAUCGACGUUAUGUUGAGAAAUCUGAAGCCGAUGACAGUCAAAAGACUUCUGCAAUCUCUAGACGGCGAGAUGGAUGCACGUGACCGAUCAAAUUUCUACAACACUGCCAUUCCGAGAAUUACUGGACUGUACAAUAAGAUGUGCAAACUUGUGUAUGGCCUCGCGGAAAUCUACGGAUUCAGUGGUGACUCGGUGAAAACUUACGCCGCAAUGCUACGUCCUAUGAAGCUCUCUGCCAUCGUUGCUGCAGCAUUGGAAGGAGCGCGUAGUGACAACAACACCGAACAGUAUGAGAAAAUCUCAGCGCUUGCCAAGCAGAUUGAGAAUAUGGAUGUGAAAGCUACGACAGUCAACCCAACACGAACAAAUCAAACAAUGACAAAUUCGAAUAUGACUAUGCCUAUGGGUUCGAACGUUACCAUGAUGCCAGGGUUAAGCUCAACUAUGCCUACAGCUGUGUUAAAUGCAACUGAAAUACACACUCUCACCGCUGAGUUACACAAUAGCACAAACUCUAAUCACACUGAACCGAACGUGGUAACCGGAGGUAACACAACUUUACCAGGGAUUCCCUUUUUCAAGCUCCUAGGAGAACUGUCUAAGAAAGUUUCUUUCUCAAAAGAAAGUCAGGACUUUCAAAAGCAUUCGCUUCCGUUGCAGGUCAUCUGA